AGCAGUGCGCCGAGGAUGCCGGAAACCACCGAAGAAAAAAAAGAAAAAGAAUGCGCGCGCUCCUUUGAAGACUUUCUCACUAAACUUUCAUUGUUUAGGAUCAAACUCCAAGAGGAUCAGGAUGUUGAAUGACAAGAAAACAAGUGCUCCCACUGAUCGCGCUAACAUGGUGGCCGCCGUGGUCUUCUUGCUGGGCGUGGGAACUUUGCUGCCGUGGAACUUCUUCAUGACCGCCUCCCAGUACUUCAACCAGCGGCUGCUCCCGCCUCCUGCAGCCAACGCGUCGUCGGGGGCGACCGGCGCGGACUAUAACUACGACAGCUGGAUGGCGCUGAUUUCCCAGCUGCCUUUGCUGCUCUUUACGCUGCUCAACUCCUUCCUCUACCGGCGGGUGAGCGAGCGCUUCCGCGUGGCCUUCAGCCUGGUGGCCAUCUUCCUGCUCUUCUCCCUCACCGCCGCUCUGGUCCACGUGUCCAUGGAGCCACACACCUUCUUUGCCGUCACCAUGGCGACCAUCUGGUGCAUCAACAUGUUCAGCGCGGUCCUGCAGGGCAGCCUCUUCGGGCUGGUGGGCCUGCUUCCGCCCGGUUACAGCACCCUCUUCAUGAGCGGCCAAGGUCUGGCCGGGAUGUUCGCCGCCGUGGCCAUGCUGUCCUCCAUCCUAGGGAACCCAGACGUGGAGUCUGCGGCGUUGGGAUACUUCAUCACGCCGUGUGUGGCCACGCUGGGAACGCUGCUGUGCUACCUGCUGCUGCCUCACCUGACGUUCGCUCGCUUCCACCUGAGCAGGUGUGAUGAAGAGGAGGACACCAUGAAGACGAAGGUUCUGCUCAGCAGCGCAGACGAGAAGGAGCAGGUGAGUGACGACCGCGGCGAGCGCUCCUCCGUCCUGCUGGUCUUCAAGAAGAUCUGGAUCAUGGCGGCCUGCGUCACCUGCGUGUUCGCCGUAACGCUGUCCGUGUUCCCCGCCGUCACGGUGCGGGUGGCGAGCGUCUACACGCACAGCGCCACCUGGGGUCACGUCUUCACCUGUGUUUGCUGCUUCAUUGUCUUCAACGCCAUGGACCUGCUGGGCCGCAGCGCCCCCUCGCUGGCACAGUGGCCACUAAAAGACAGUUGGCUGUUUCCCGCCGCCGUCGCGUCCCGCCUCGUCUUCGUCCCUUUGCUGAUGACCUGCAACAUCCCCCACUCCAAGCUCGGCGUCUUCUUCCGUCACGACGCCGCCUUCGCCACCAUCAUGGCGCUCUUUGCCUUCUCCAACGGCUACCUGGCCAGCCUCUGCAUGGCCUACGCCCCCCAGCUGGUUCGUCAUAAGGACUGCGAGACGGCAGGCUCUCUGAUGACGUUCUUCCUGGUCCUGGGUUUGGCCAUUGGAGCGGCGCUGUCGUUCCUGCUCGUCAAGCUACUGUAGACUUACUUCCUGUUCAUCCUCAAUAUACUGUACACCUACUACCUGUUCCUCGUCAAUAUACUGUACACCUACUUCCUGUUCCUCCUCAAUAUACUGUAGAGCUACUUCCUGUUCCUUGUCAAUAUACUGUACACCUACUUCCUGCUCCUCCUCAAUAUACUGUACAGCUAUUUCCUGUUCCCCCUCAAUAUACUGUACACCUACUUCCUGCUCCUCCUCAAUAUACUGUACAGCUACUUCCUGCUCCUCGUCAAUAUACUGUACAGCUACUUCCUGCUCCUCGUCAAGAUACUGUAGACCUACUUUCUGUCUUCUCCUGCUUCCUGAAUCAUCCAUCAGAACAAACACAAAAGACGUGACAAAACAAAGUGCACUCUUCUUCUUUUACUCAACUUUUAUUUUGAAAGCAUGACUUGAUCUAAUGAGGACAUUUUAAAUCCAAUCAAGCAGUGCAAAGUGAAAAUUGUCAAGACAUUUUGUACUCUUACUGUAAGUAGAAAUAUGCCAUCAUCAGUUUGACAGCACUUUAGUGAUCAAGGGUGAUGGGUCAAAUGCAGAGAAUAAUUUCGACACACCGUGUGUGUGUGUGUGUGUGUGGGGGGGGCUAUCAUUGCUACUAUAACUUUAACUUAUAAAUAUAUAUUUCUCAUGUAAAUAACCAAGCAAUAUUGUGACAUCACAGCUGUACUGAGCUCCGAUUGGCUGAAACUCAUUUGUGUUUCUAUUUGUAAAACAUUUCACAAUGUAACCCAUAGUGUUUUUCAUUUGCGUUGAUUGUUUUUAUGAAUUAUUUAUGACUUUUAUAUAUGUAUGUAUGUGGGUCUUUUUUUAAUCAAAUUUAAAUGUUUUUUACUCGUGGCAAGUGAAAA